AUGAUUAGAACUAUUAAACCAAAGACUGCUCGUUCAAAGAGAGCCUUAGCCAAAAAGGAAUCUAAAUUAGUAGAAAAUACUAAGUCUGCUUUGUUUGUGCCAGGUUCUUCAGGUAAUAAGUUUUUACACGAUGCCAUGUGUGACUUAAUGGCGUUGAAGAAGCCAAAUGUUAAAAAGUUCUCGAAGAAGAAUGAAAUCAGACCUUUUGAAGAUGCCUCUAACUUAGAAUUUUUCUCUGAGAAGAAUGACAAUUCGUUGAUGGUUUUCUCAUCAAACAACAAAAAGAGACCAAACACGUUAACAUUCGCUAGAUUUUUCAACCAUAAAGUGUUCGAUAUGAUUGAAUUGUCUAUACAAAAUAAUUCCAAAUUGUUACAAGAUUUCAAAAAGUUAACUUUCACCAUAGGAUUAAAACCAAUGUUCGUUUUUAAUGGACCUGCAUUUGACAGUCAUCCAGUGUUUCAGCAUAUCAAGUCGUUAUUUAUGGACUUUUACAGAGGUGAAGAAACUGAUUUACAAGAUGUAGCUGGUUUACAACAUAUCAUUGCGUUAUCAACUGGUGAGAUUGAAGAUCCAAACUCAAGCUCGUUACCUUUGGUGCAUUUCCGUGUAUACAAAUUGAAGACUUAUAAAUCUGGACAGAAGGUUCCAAGAGUUGAAAUUGAUGAAAUAGGUCCAAGAUUCGAUUUCAAGAUUGGUAGAAGAAUCACACCUCCACCAGAAGUUGAGAAGGAAGCAUACGCUGUACCAAAACAAUUACAACCUAAGCAAAAGAAGAACGUUAGUACUGAUUUUAUGGGUGAUAAGGUUGCUCAAAUUCAUGUUGGUAAGCAAGAUUUAGGUAGAUUACAAACUAGAAAGAUGAAGGGUUUGAAAGCUAAAUACGAUCAAGAUGACUUUGACAAUGAAGACGAAGACUUCCUUUCAGCUGAAGAGGAACCUGAAUCUAAGAGACAAAAAGUUUAA